AUGCUCGCAGUGCACCUAUUAUUAGUAAUUAUUUUUCUUGCGAAUCAUUCCGAACCAUUUGAGGAUUCAGCUUAUCAAAUUCAACCUCAAUCCGUAUGUAUUAAUAAUUUCGAUGAACUUUAUAUAACAAGUGAUGAUCAUUUUAUUGGACAAGUUCUAUAUCGUUAUGAUCAAUUACAAUUAGCAUGUGAUUGUCAAACACUAGUCAAUCAUGUUGCAUACAAAAUAUAUUGGACAAUUAAUAAUAAAAGUUACAAUGAAUAUAAUGAUUCAAAUAGCAUUCAAUUAAUAGUUGACAUCAAUACAAUACGAGCACCAAUGACCUUUGUUGCAUGUCAUUGUAUAUUUAUCGAAUCGAAUGGAACGAAAACAGAACGAGAUUAUGAAUAUAAACUUCUUAUUGAUUUGGAAAGUGAACCAUCAUUAAAGCCAAUUGCUUACACCGUAGAAUUGAGUAUGGUAAAACAAAAAUUUCAAGAUUUUAUUCAUCUUCAUUUCGCAGUCACAUUUAGUUUUAUAUUUGUUUUAAUUGCUACAAUGUGUCCACUUAUGAUAUUAAAUUCUACACGUUUUGUUAAAUAUCUUACAUCAGAUUAA